AUGGAGUCCUUCAUCCUUCUGGGCUUUGUGCAGCCCAUGUUGAUACGUCAAUUUGGUGAGAUUGGGACUUUGCAGCUGUCCUUUGCCUCAAUGAUCGCUUUCUAUUUGCUUUUCUCCAUGCUGACACCAGAUAUCAACGCCUGGGCCUUCAUCAUUAUGAUUCUUUUCGCAGUUGGCUCAAUGGCCUAUCCUUUAGCAGUUGGGCUGGCAACUCGAGAGUUGUCAUCAGAUCAGCAGGGCUUAUUGCAGGGGGCUGUUUCCAUCCUGGAAACUCUUGCAAAGAUCGUAGCACCAUUGGUAGCCUCAGAUGUCAUCAUCCCAAGAUUCAACAAGCCCGAUCAGUUCUUUGGAAUGGUCUAUUUCGUUGCUGGAUUGCUGCUGUUGCCUAGCCUUGCAUGCUGCCAUAAAUUACAUUCUUUGACCGGCAGGAUUGAUCCUGAUAAGGCUGUAAUGCUUGAGAUGCACUGA